CCUCCAACCCGAACUCGAAAGCCAAGAUGAACUUCCUGCAUUUAUUCACCCUCUUCUUCGUCCUUUGCCUGGGCAGCCUCAGCAGUGGCGCUUCUGUGGGCCAGAAGCCCACGGGACAGCCAGGCUGCCAGACCGAUCAGGAAAUCACGGUGGCCACCUAUCCCCAUUUCUAUCUGAAGAACGCCUACUGGAUCUGCACCACUAAGGAUGUUCCCGCCACACUGGCCGCUUGCCCCAAACCCUCUGCCUGGCUGGAUGCGGUCAAGGCCUGCGUUCCCUGGUCCGAGUGGUACUGGUCGCCCACAGCCCUGCCUCCCAGCGAGCCCCUAGCCACGGCCUAGGACUGCACAGAUCCAGAAAACAAUAUGAUAAUGAAUCUGAAAUGAAUAAAAUGAUAUUGCAAAAAGCAAACAAGGUA